CUCUCGUCAUUUUCCUUUAUUCCUUUUUAAUUACUGCUUCCCUUUUUUAUUUCCUUUUUUUCUUUUUCCUUUUCACUUAUUUUCCCUUUCUUUCCUUCCCUUUUUUUUCCCCUUUUUCCCUCUGUUUUUCUUUUCCCUUCUUUUUCCAGUAUUUUUUAUUUUCCUUUUUUAUUUCUUUUUUCUUUUUAAUUUUUUUUUCUGGCUGACACCCUCUUUACCAGGCAGCCUCACUAAUUCCAUCUAUUUCUGCUCCAAGAUGACAGAGAGGAAUCAGAAUCCCAGCCUGGUUUGGGUUGGAAUGUUGGAUUUUAAGGCAUUUGGACUUAGAGGAAUAUCAGAUUUUCAAGGCCAGAGCUCCCAGUAUGUCCUGGCUUGGAUUGAUCUUCAGGUAGAGUUUCCCAGGUGGAUCUGCAUGGAUCUCACAUUCCCUCUGCUUUCCCAAACAGAGCCAUCUUUCCAUAGGGAAAAAAGCAAGGAGCAUCUCCACAGGGCCAUCAUUCCUCAGGGAUCCAGUGGGGCUGAUCCAGGGAGAGCUGGGCUCUGUGGAGACCUGUGGGACAGGCUGGGUGGAACCCCAAACAGGAGACAGCCUGGCCUUGAAAAACGGGGUCAAAAAGCAGAAAUUGCACGACAAGAACAUAUUAAACUUGGAGGAAAUCUUUAAAAUUGGACCAAAAAUAGCCCAACAAGUGAGCAGAACUUUUCCUACAACUCCUUCGGGUUGGUUGUCCAGUGGAGCUGGGCUUGGCAGCAGCUUGGCUUCAUCUCUGGGGCCUUUAUCCUGUCAGUGAAAACGAGUGGGAUUUCCAGCUGGACAAGAAAAUGGGAGUGACUUCCCUGCAGGGAGAUGUGUUGUUCCCUGCCUGUUCCCAGCUGCCUGGGGCAGAUCAUUCCCUGGCAAAAGCAAACAGUGCCUGCUUGCCUUUGGAGCAGGGAGCUCGUGGAUCCCUGUCAGCCACAGGUGGAUCGUGGAUCCCUGCCCAGGCAGGGGUGGUGCAGUGGCUGCUUCUUCCCCGAGAGACAAUUCCAGAGGCUGAAGCAAGCAGCUCCCCCAGGCUGGCAUUGGUGGGAUGAGUUUGUCUCCUCCAUGUGCUGAAUUCCUGGUGCUGACACCGAGCAACCCCCCCCCCCCAAAUACAGUACAAAACCUGGAGUUUAUUUUUAAUCGGCCAGAUUCCUUCUGCUGUGGGGCUUUGAGUCAUUUUUCCCUUUCCCCCCUCAUCUCGCACGUAUUCCCAGUUUGCUGCUGCACUUUGCCUUUCCCUGCAAUGGAGGAGGAGUUCUGCAGCAGCAGAGGCAGGGGAUAUUUUCCCAGUGGGAGGCAGUCUCACAGAUUUAGAGGACCUCCCCAGACUUUUAUUCCAUUAUUCCCUUUCAUACUACGGUACAUAUUUCACUUUUGGAUUCCCUUCCCAUCCUGAUAUCCUGCCUCCCUUCCUGGUCACCCCAUCUCAACUGUUUCCUGCUGAGGUUCCUGGUGCAUUGAUCCAUUUUUGGUUUUCCUUAACUUAUUCCAACUUUAAAUUCCGUUUCUGUGCUUCAGUAGCCUCUUAGUUCUGUGCCAGCACGCCUUCUUCCUGGGAAAUCACGUGCUGGAGAAGGAGAUGCGAUUUUGGGAUUCUUUAAACAAAGUUUGUUUGGGAAGGAACAUCCCAAGUGUGUGAGUGCCUCUCUGGAAUUCGGUGUCAGUUUUGUAACUCCCGUGUCAGUUCUCCAACUCUGUGUCAGUUCUGUAAUUCCCAUGCUUGUGUUCAUUUGCUGCUGCAGUUCCAAGGAGCCCUGGGGUCUGGGUCACCCUCCCUUUCCACGGGCACUCUCAGGCCAGGGAUGUUCUUCUGAAGGUUUCCAGCUGGUGCUUUCCAUGGAUUUGCAGCUUAGCCUCCCCUGUCCAAGCAGCAUUUUUGGGAGUGCCUGGUGCUGGGAGGGCUCAGCUCAGCCCUUGGGCUCCCAGCACUUCCAAACCCCCCUCGGUCCUGGGCACAGCUCAGGGCAGAGCUCCAGGAGAAGCAGCCCUGGAGAGCUGGGAAAAGGUGCCCACGUUCAGGGAAGACACAAAACCCCUCUCCAAGGAUGUUCCCAUCCAAGGCUUUUCCUUCUGUUUCCUGGAUUUAAUUGCUCCUUCCACACAAUCCCCUGCUGUGCUCCCUGGAUCAUCCCCACGCUGAGUCCUGCUGGGGCAGAGGCUCAGGGAUGCCUUUUCCCAGGGGAUUUCCUGGGCACAGAGAGGUGUGAGGUACAGAAUUCCUGCUCUCCCAGCAUGAGGAGCACUGGGAAACCCAAACCUUGGUGUUCUGGCCUCAUGCCUCAUAGCCUGGUAUUCCUCCCGUGGCAUCCGUGGGAGGCACAGGCAGGAAAAUCCCGAGGAUUUGGGUCCUGUGCCUGGCACAGACAGGUAAAUAUUGCUUUUGGGGUCUUCCAGAAGCGGGUGUGCAGACUGCUGGACACCAUCCCACGGGAGGCUGCUGCCCAGCUGGUGGACUGUGCCAUGGAUGUGGAUUCCAGGCAGAAACUCCUCCCUGACUCUGCUCCCUGGGCUGCAAAGACAAAGCAGAAUUCCAUGAUUUUGGAAAACCAUGGGAGCAAAGGCAUUUCCCAGCCCUGCCCGAGAUGUGUUGCUGGAGAAUCUGGCCACUUCAGUCACAUCCUGGGCUUCUAGGAAAGGAGAGGGGCCAGAGGAGCAGCUCUGAUUUCCUGCUGGGAUGCCCAGAUUGCAGCUGGAUCCUGGGUGCUGCCCUGCCCUGCCUGCCUCAGCACCCCCACCCUGCCCUGCUGCCACUCUGGGCACAAUUCUGCACCUGCCCAAAAUGCUCCUGCUGCUCAGGUAGCUCAGAAUUGGUCUGAAAAGGACAAGGAAAAGCUCAUUUCGUGUUUAGGUAGCUCAGAAUUUGUUCAUAAAGAAAAGGCUGAUUUCAUGUUUAGCUCAGAAUUUGUCUAAAAAAGACAAGAAAAUCAGAUUUCUUGUUUAGGUAGCUCAGAAUUGGUCUAAAAAGGACAAGGAAAGGCAGAUUUCGUGUUUAGGUAGCUCAGAAUUGAUCUAAAAAGGACAAGGAAAGGCAGAUUUCAUGUUUAGGUAGCUCAGAAUUUGUUCAUAAAGGACAAGAAAAGGCUGAUUUAAUAUUUAGCUCAGAAUUGGUCUAAAAAUGACAAGAAAAUCAGAUUUCAUGUUUAGCUCAGAAUUUGUCUAAAAAAGACAAGAAAAUCAGAUUUCUUGUUUAGGUAGCUCAGAAUUGGUCUAAAAAUGACAAGGAAAGGCUGAUUUAAUGUUUAGGUAGCUCUUUGUCUAAAAAGGACAAGAAAAGGCAGAUUUAUAGUUUAGCUCAGAAUUUGUUUUAAAUGGACAAGAAAAGGCUGAUUUCAUGUUUAGGUAGCUCAGAAUUGGUCUAAAAAGGACAAGGAAAGGCUGAUUUAAUGUUUAGCUCAGAAUUUGUUCAUAAAGGACAAGAAAAGACUGAUUUACAGUUUAGCUCAGAAUUUGUCUAAAAAGGACAAGGAAAGGCUGAUUUCAUGUUUAGGUAGCUCAGAAUUUGUCUAAAAAGGACAAGAAAAAGACAGAUUUCAUAUUUAGCUCAGAAUUGGUCUAAAAUGACAAGAAAAGGCUGAUUUAAUUUUUAGCUCAGAAUUGGUCUAAAAAAGACAAGAAAAGGCAGAUUUACAGUUUAGCUCAGAAUUUGUUCAUAAAGGACAAGAAAAGACUGAAUUAAUUUUUAGCUCAGAAUUUGUCUAAAAAGGACAAGAAAAAGGCAGAUUUCAUAUUUAGCUCAGAAUUGGUCUGAAAAUGACAAGGAAAGGCUGAUUUCCUGUUUAGGUAGCUCAGAAUUUGUUCAUAAAGGACAAGGAAAGGCAGAUUUCAUGUUUAGGUAGCUCAGAAUUGAUCUAAAAAGGACAAGAAAAAGGCAGAUUUCAUGUUUAGGUAGCUCAGAAUUGAUCUAAAAAGGACAAGGAAAAGGCAGAUUUCAUGUUUAGCUCAGAAUUGAUCUAAAAAGGACAAGGAAAGGCAGAUUUCAUGUUUAGCUCAGAAUUGAUCUAAAAAGGACAAGAAAAGGCAGAUUUGGUGUUUUAGACUGGUUGAGUUGAGCUGGCCUUGGGCCCAGGCUUCACCUGGGACUGGGCCAGGUGCUGUGGUGAUUCCAAAGGUUUUCCCAACAGCCCUGACCCCCUUGGAAAAUGCUCCUGUGGAAAAUCCUCCUUGUGCAGGGCCACGGGCAGGAGUGGGAGGACACAAAUUUUAGUCCUUGAGUGGCUUUGCAGCUGUGAAGUCCAGGAAAAAUCCCAUUGAAGCUUACAUUUAAAUCUCAAAAAAAAAAAUCUGUUUAAAAAGGCUUGACCUCAUCACCCAGCGGGCUUUUAUUGGCACAAAUCUAAUGACAGGUUAAUUAACCUCUGCAAGGUUAAUUUUGGGGGUUAUCAGGCUGCAAAAUCCUCAGGCAAAGGUGUUCUGCAGUCCUUGAAUCCUUCCCGUGUGGUGUGUGGAGUUGGAGUCAGCACUGAGUUGAGAUAUUCUCAUUAAAUAAAUAAAUACCACAUAAAUACUGAGUUUAAUUAAGUAAUACAUGAGGAAAUAAGUCUGAAAGCAGACCUACACUUAAUUGACAUUCAGAUUUUGGUUUAAAAAAUGAAGUUUCCUCCAAGCCAAUAAAAUUUUUAGUUAAAUUAAGAAUGAAUACUUUCAAGUUAGUAUUUAUAUACUUGAUACCAAGAUCUGGGGCGUCAGAAUUUGUGGGGAAUUCAUUUUUACAUCCCCAAUCCUUGUCUUUUAAAAAUCCUGGUAAUCAAAGCAGAUUUUUUUUUUUUUAAAGGUGGAUAAACAGCAGCUCUGUGCUGCAAAAUCUGAAAUAUCUGAUGUAAAUGUAAUGGGCUAAAAUGGUUUUGUUCCUGCAAAAUCACUCAAAACCUCAAGUGUGACAAGUAAUGAUUAGGACUGGUCAAAAUUUGGUCAAAUAUAGUCAAAAUUUUGGGUGUUCAAAGAGGGGAAUACCAAAACUGGACUCAGACUCUGAUGGAGGAGUUUUCUGCCAGAAUACAUCAGGCAAAAGUAUGGGAUCAAGUCUAAAACACAGGGAAAACAUGGAUUAUUUAAAAAAAGUGUUUUUUUUCCUUAAACAACUCCCAUUUUAUCGUGUUCAAGAGUUCACAGUUACCUGUGUCAACAUUUCCUCUGUUUGCUUUCAACCUGGAUCUGCUCUGGGGUAAAACCAAGAACCAGCUGGUUCCUUCCUGGUUUUCCUUCUGCUCCUGGUGGGGUUUGUGGCACAUCCUUUUAAAUUCUCCUGCUUUUCCAGCAGCCAUUGCAUUUGGUUUGAGUGUCGUGGUGAAUCCCAGGGCUGGUCCCAGUUGGUGGCUGUAGCAGAACUUUAAUGAGAAUUUUUUUAGGGAACUUUUGGGGUUUUUUUUUUCUUUUUUUAACCAAAAUCUGAAUGCCAGUGCAGUGCAGGUCUGCUUUUAGAUUUAUUUCCUCAUGUAUUACUUGAGUAAGCUCAGUAUUGACGUGAUCCUGAUUUAAUUAAUGAGAAUUUCCCAUUGUCCCUGGCACGGAGCAGGGGUUGCAUCCAGGGCAUUCCUGAGCUCCACAGCUGAGCCAGCCAGGAAAUCCUGAUCCUGCUUUUGGCCCUGGGAGCUGCUCUGGGGUGAGCAGGGACGUCCUUCCCCCUGUCCCAAAUGCCAUGUGCAGCUCAGGCUGGCAGGGAAUUUGGGAAUUCAUUCCUGCAGGUGUUUUCCACACUGCCCCUGAGGGGAGAGAUCCCAAGCAGGGAUUCUCCAGGAACACAGCGGAGGGGAAAGCAGAGCAGGUCAAUCCUGACAUUUAAAUAAAUAAAUAAAAUGUAUUCUCCUCCUCAUGCCACCUGUGCUGGGGAAUGAGCCCCAAAAAGGGCACCAGGCAGUGGGAAGGUAACUGCUCUCAUUUCCAGCUGCCCCAGACUCCACUUCCUUGCAGAAUUCCAGCCUGCUUUGGGCUGGAAAGGACCUCAAAGCCCACCUGGGACACCUCCCACUGUCCCAGGUGCUCCCAGCCCCAGUGUCCAGCCUGGCCUUGGGAUGCAGGAGCAGCCCCAGCUGCUCUGUGCCAGGGCCUGCCCAGCCUGGGGCUGCACAAAUUCACAUUUCAGCUCCAUGCCGUGGGAAUUGUCCCCACGUGGAGCCCCUGGAGUUCACAUCCAGCUGUUCCCGUGGCACAGCAGCUCCCUGAAUAAAAGCAGCUCCUCUCACACCCCUCAUUAUCCCUGAUUUUUUUUCCCAAAUUGGAAGGCAGAAGCUCCUGGGUCAAUUCCAAGGUGAGCUUUUCCUCUCGGAUGUGAUUCCUUGCUCCAUGUUUUCCAACAGGGCAAGGAGUGCUUUUUUAAAUCAGUCUGGCUGGAAACAAGUUGGAGUUUAAUUGUCUGCUCCACUGAAGGCUUUUACUAGUGAUAUCUUUUUGAUAGAUGUGUUUGUAAUUUAUUUUGGGAUUUUCCAGGAUCAUGAAGCUGGCACAGGCUGGGGCAGUGAAUGUUCCUUUAAAGCAGAUUUGUGUCAAAUCUGCAGUGGAACCACAGAGUUAUUUUUGUACGCCUUGUAGAACUCUGAAGUUUUGUUUUCUUGAUGAAAAAAAUGUAUAAACUUUCUAUUUCCUACUGCUGUGAUUUGUACACAGAAUAACCAGAGUGAUGCUUUAUUUACUUGUAUAUAGAGAGAAAGGCCCCUGGCCUGUUUUUAAUUCAGGUUUAAAGGAUCUAAUUCUUAUUUUUAACUUUGUAUUUUGUAAAUUGUUCCUUACAAAAGCAGAAGCAUUAAACACCACUUUGGCUGCAGCAUGGAA